AGUAGAGUAGUUAGUUCUAGUUGUCAAAAGCGAAUUAGUAUGGUAUAGUAUAAGCUGCCGUGCUGAAUUUUAGUUUGUGAUCUGUGAAACUUGGUUUGAUAUUUAAGGCCUUGCACUGCAUUUUUUGUUAAAUCAUAAUUUCAAAUAGUGAUUAAAAGUGUUAAUAACUAAAUAAUAGCUAUUAAAAAUGAGGGAUAGUCAUUCAAAAGAUCAUGACAAAUUCUCAAAGCUCGACGACCCUCCGAAUUCUAGACUUUUUGUCGCCCAGAUUAAAGAUAUAUCUGAAGAAGAACUAAGGGAGGCUUUUGGGCAUUAUGGUGAAGUGGAAGACGUGUGGAUAUGUAAAGACAAGCACACAGGAGAGCCGAAAAAUAUUGCUUUCAUUAAAUUUACUAAAACAUCAGAUGCUGCUCGUGCGAUGGAAGGACUUAACGGACAAGUUCUUGACGGACAUUCUAAACCUAUAAAAGUCACAGUAGCUCUUUCACGAGACCAGCCUAAUCUGAUGGGCAAGUCUGAUGAUAUGGAGCGACUUCUCAGGCUGUUUAUUGUGGUUCCUAAGAGUAUUGGCGAAGACGAUAUUAAUGCUGAGUUCAAAAAGUACGGUGACAUUGACUACAUCUCCGUCAUUAGAGACAGAGAAACUAAGGAGAGCAAAGGCUACGCUUUUGUUAAGUACAAAAAAGUCUCUCACGCUGCCACAGCAUUUGAGGAGUGCAAUCGUAGUUAUAAGGCUGUCUUUGCACGGCCCAAGGAGCAAGACUUCCAGAAAAAGUCCAAUCACCACGAUCGCUACAUGGACCCGUUUGACCGCCCGUACAAUUCCAUGCAGUCCAACUCAUUUAAUUCAAUGCAACAACCAUCUCCACCGCCUUUCAUGGAUAUGGCUUCGCACAGUCGACAAGGCUACCCCGGACCCAGCACCAUGGACCUGAUCAACAACUACUCCGGUCGUCUGGACACUGCUCGUCUCACGGCCCUGGUGUCUACUCAGUUGUCCGAGGACCAAGUUGAACGUUUGUUUGACCUCGUGCCUGGACUCAAGAUCUGUCGGUUUGUUAACGAAUCAACAAACUACAAUCGCACUCCUUUACUGAGAAGAGUCCUCCUAGAGUAUGCAAGUCCCAACGCCGCAUCCUACGCUUUGGAAAAGUUGCAUGGUUUUGAAUAUCCCCCUGGAAAGAAAAUCGUUGUAAAAUCAGAAUAUGACGGCUCGGACGGGUUGCUUGGAGGUGUGUCAGGCAAGAGAGACGCUAUGGGUCUCGUAGCCGCUAAGUCUGCACCUGAGAUCACUCAGGAGCUGGCAACACUGACUAAAGCCCUAGCCGAGGCUACCAACAUGAUAAAACUGCAAGUCGGAGGAGCUUUGGCAGGAGCAAGCAGGAUGGGUCCUGGUCAAGGAUCAGACAAUUACGAUCCUUCCCUCUGCUCCGUCAGACUUCCCCCUCCUCAACCCCUCGCACGAGUUGAAUCCAAAACUGUCGAAAGACUAUUUAUUGUAGGCCAGCCUUCUAUGCCAUCUCGCAAUGCACUGUGGGACGUUUUUGGCCGUUUCGGAGAUCUUGUUGAUGUCUACAUAAUCAACGGAAAGAACUGCGGUUUUGUCAACUACGCAAAGAAGGAAUCAGCUGAGAGGGCAAUGGAGAUGCUACAUGGAGCCGACGUGUGUCAGAUGAGGUUGAAGGUGUCUUUGGCCGACCCUCCAAAGAACGACAGUCGGAAACGUUUAAAAAUGGAUCCUGGUAAUUAAAUAUCUCAGUGGUCCGAGUUAAUUGAGUCUUGACUUAGACUUACAGAGUACGAUACUGGGUCAACCGCACUCACUCACAUUUACUAGACUUUAGUGUUAGUGUUUACGAUAUAUGUUUGGUGAUUUGACUGUACUACAAGAACUUUUAUUUUGAUUAAGUUAAGAUUAAACUUUUACUGAUUGACACUUUCCUCUUGCUUUGUCUUGUUUUAUACAUUUUUCACUAGAGGUGUGCGAACGUACCAGUCGCAGACUGUUUUGAUAUCGCAAUCGUGCAACCCGUCUUCAAAGAUUGCGCCAUCAAAACGUUCAUGUUUUCACAGAUUGUGAGAGGCAAUGAUGAUGUAUCCGUAACGUGAGAUAUAACCAGGAUUUUACUGUGAUUGACGAUGAUGUAAACAAGUCCGUGGGGAUGUUUUUGUGAAUUGCAAAUUUAGCUUUGCCUGAGGAAGAUGAUUAUGUUUCCCAGACUGGGGGGUGGGGGGAUUAUCACAAAAUUACUGUGAUCACUUUUUGAUUUUUGUCGAUUGUAAAAUAUCUACCUACAUUUGUUUCAAAUAACGACUUGCUUGCUAAUGUAUUAGGUGGAUGAUUCCUAGUAAAAAUUUUAAUUUUAAUAAGUUAAGUAGGGAAUUAUUUAUUAUUGGGAUCUUAUAAAACCAUGGGAGGGUUUUUUAUUUGCAAAUUUUGAAUCAACCACUUGGACUUGACAUAUUUUUAUGAUUCUUCUGUUAAAAGAAAGAUAAAUUCAUUUAUAAUAAGGCAUUACAAAAAAUGUUAGCCUAUAUAAAUAAGUUCCUUGGAAUCGAGCCUUUUUUUCAAAAACCUCGACUCGGAACACAGCUCAAUCCAAAAUAUCAGGCUCGCACACCUCUCCUUUUCAGCUCUCAACAUGAAUCUCAUAUUGAUACUAAUGAUGUAACUUUCUUACUUUUAGUACAAAUUUAUUAUAAGGUACUUGAUGUGUUGGAAAUAAACUUACUUAUCUGGA